AUGGACCUCAUCAUCACUGAAACCUUCUCAUUAGUACUUGCAGCCAUUUCCCUCAUCCUCCUAUACAGACGGUACUCCGGUACUAGUACUACAAAAAACUCGCCACCUUCUCCACCAAAGCUUCCUAUCAUAGGAAACCUACACCAACUUAAAGGCCCCUACAUUCACCGCUCACUCCAAGCCUUGUCACAACGCCAUUCUGCCCCAGAUCUUAUGCUUCUCCAUUUCGGAAGCUUCCCCGUCAUCGUUGUCUCGUCGGCUGAGGCAGCCACCCAGGUCUUCAAAACUCAUGACCUCACAUUCUCUUCCAGGCCUAAGUUGACCGCCUACGGCAAGCUCCUGUACAACUACAAAGACGUGGCCUCGGCGCCAUAUGGUGAGUACUGGAGGCAGGUGAAGAGCAUAUGUGUGUUGAAUCUCUUGAGCAGCAAAAGGGUUCGUUCGUAUCGUGGCGUGAGAGAAGAGGAGACCAAAAUCAUGAUCAACAACAUAGAGCAAUAUUCAUUCUCGUCCUCAGGAAGAGCUGUGGAUUUAUCGAAAAUGUUUGCGAGGCUCACUAUCGAUAUUCUUACCACAGUGGCUCUAGGGAGGAAGUACAGCAGUAAAGAUGAUGUAGAUGGGAAGAUGUUCGAGGAGCUUCUGAAAGAGUUCAUGGGAUAUUUGGCAUGUCCCAUUAUUGGGGAUGUGAUCCCAUGGAUUGGUUGGUUCAGCCAUUUCAGUGGUUUGCAUGCUAAAAUAGACAAAGUGGCAAAACGGCUUGAUGAGUUUUUGGAUAGAGCUGUUCAAGAGCAUGUAGAUCGUCGUUCAAAGAGUACUACUGCAAGUAUAGAUCACGGCGGCCAUGUGAACCAUACCGGUGAUGAUCGGACCGACGAGGACCAGAAGGAUUUUGUGGACGUUUUACUUGAGAUUCAAGAAGGGAACUUGGCUGCAGGUUUCCCUUUUGAUAUAGUUACCAUAAAGGCUCUCAUCUUGGAUAUGUUUGCUGGUGGCACAGACACAACAUACACUGUCCUGGAGUGGGCUAUGACUGAGCUUUUGAGGCAUCCGAAGGUCAUGAGAAGAUUGCAGAAUGAGGUUAGGGGAAUAGUGGGCAACAGAGACUUAACAGAGGACGAUCUGAUUGGAAUGGACUACUUGAGAGCUGUGAUCAAGGAGACUUUGCGCUUGCAUCCUCCAUUUUCUGUAAUAUUUAGGCUGUCAACUGAAGACGUGACAAUAAAAGGUUACAACAUUAAAGCUAACACGAGGGUUAUAUUGAAUAUGUGGCAAAUUGGAAGAGAUCCCAUGUCAUACAACAAAGUAGAGGAGUUCGAGCCAGAAAGAUUCUUGAAUAGUCCAAUGGAGUAUAAAGGAAACGACUUCCAAUUCAUUCCAUUUGGUGUUGGUAGGAGGGGUUGCCCAGGAACUCAUUUUGCAAUUUCAGCUACUGAGAUUGUUUUAGCAAGUUUGGUACACAAGUUUGAUUGGGCACUGCCUAAUGGAGCAAAACCAAUCGACAUAGACAUGACUGAAUCCACCGGUGCUACCACACACAGAAAACACCCUCUUAAAGCCAUUGCUUCUCCAUAUUUUUCUUGCGGCUAG